CGGUGCCUGUGCGCUUGCGCGGCGUGCAAAAAAAAUGGUAAACACGGGGUUCGGUCAGUCCAUCUUGUUAUUUUUUUUGUAAAUAACGAACAUAGCGCGACGUUAGACGUGACUCCGCUAGAAAAGCGUCAGAACACAGUUUCGGUUAUCGGUAAAUCCGGAGUGAGGUGGUGGAUGUUCUGUGUCCCAUGUUCGAGUUCCCAUAUUUAAUCUUUCCUCCAGGUGAUUGAAGCAUGGGGAAAAACCUGUCACGUCUAUCCCUGCGCAAACCUAUCAGUGAAAGUGGUGAAUCCAGCAAAUUGGAGAUCUCAUCCAAUCACAGUGAGGACUCUAGAAAUGGGGAUAUUUCCCAGUUUCCAUAUGUGGAAUUCACUGGUCGAGACAGUGUUACCUGUCCAACAUGUCAAGGAACAGGAAGAAUUCCAAGAGGUCAAGAAAACCAGCUUGUGGCAUUAAUUCCUUACAGUGAUCAAAGGCUAAGACCCAGGCGAACGAAGUUGUAUGUAACCUCAUCAGUGAUACUCUGCUUGCUGCUUUCUGGCCAAGCUGUUUUUUUCCUGUUUCCACGAUCUAUUGAUGUGAGUUAUGUCGGUGUAAAGUCCAUUUACGUCAGCUAUGACCAAGGCAAUCGGGUAGUAUAUCUCAACAUCACAAGCACACUAAAUAUCACUAAUAACAACCUCUACUCAGUCAGUGUGGCAAACAUUAGUGCUCAAGUACAGUUUUCCAACACUGUUAUUGGGAAAACGCGGAUAAGCAACAUUACCAAAAUUGGACCUCUGGAUAUGAAGCAGAUUGACUACUCUGUUCAUACUCUAAUAGGAGAUCAAAUGAGCUACAUGUAUGGCUACUGCACGCUGACAUCAAUCAAAGUACAUAAUAUUGUGAUUUUGAUGCAAGCCACUGUUACAACAUCCUAUUUUGGACACACAGAGCAAGUUUCACUUGAAAGGUAUCAAUACGUGGAUUGUGGGAAGAACACCACUUACUACAAAAGAUCAGAAAAUCUCAAUGUUGUACAGUAAGAACUAUGCCUCAAAUACAGGCCUUGGAAUAUUAAUACAAAUAUUGGGUUUGCAAGAUGUUCACAUUUGUGUGAAAUGAAGAUAAUUAUAAUUGAAAGUGACUAAAGUUAACUACAACUGGGGUCACAUUGUCCCAGUACAUGCGAGCAGGUUAAAGGGAACUGGUUAUCUCUACUUGGUCAGUUAUGUUAAGACCUUUUUUGCUUUUCUGGAAUCAUUUUUGAAUUAAUUUCUAUCAUCCAAGCACUAAGACUUUAAUAGUAAAGAUGAUGACUUCAGUGUGAGUGUUCUACUUUUAAUUCUAAUUGAAAUUAUCUUUUAAAUGUACUGUGGAGAUGGAUACUACUUGCUGUUGACAAUGUGAUUUACCUUAUAGUAAUUAACUAAACACCUUGUAUGGAUCACAAAUUUUCUAAUUAGUCAUUUCAAAUUGUGUUGUUUAUUCCAAUCCUCACCUAAUAUUUAACACUAAACAAAUAGUUGUAAAAGUUUUUAUUAGGCAGCAUCAUACACCAACUGAUAUUUUAUUUGAGCCUCAACAUUCACUUUAUUUACUACACAAUGCAUAGUUCUGUUUAAAAUACAAAGAAUUCAAAGAGCUCCAAAUGACUUCUGUAUUUUUUGAAACAUGCCCUUUUGCGAUUUAGUUUUUGAUGUAGCGAAGGCAUACUCUUAGCUUGCAUCUGAUCAAGCAUUUGAAUACAAAUAUCACUUCCUGUUUUUUGAACAGUGACCAAUUUCCAAUUAUUUAUCAGCAACCAUGCACUUUAGUUACUGUCAAAUCAUAAUAAAUACAAAAGUUUAGCAGUUACGUGUGGUACUUCCGAUAAGCGAAUAAACUAUUGAUGCGGAGACGUAAAAUCAACCAUCUUAAUGACAUUAUAAAUUUGGUUUGCUUUAGAGAUGCAGUUCGGGGAUAAAAAAUGAUGUUUUGAGGCAAAGAUAAUUUUUGAGAAGUGGAUAAACUGACCAUCAAGGGAUUAAAUGUUUAUUUCAGUCUCAAUUCUGAUUUCAGUAUACCUUGGUUAUUUAACUCAAACUACUGAAUUGCUGCCAUGUAACCACUAAUUUAUUGCUGAAUUUUAUUCUGCUAAAACUGAAAAUGCUCAUGGUGUAUUGCUUGAUUGCAGUGUUAAGAGUAACUCCAAUCUUUUUUGAUAAUUUUCUGGUGAAUUUUGCAAAAAGAAGAUUGUUUGUAAUCUUUGUUUUGAAGAAAUCCAUUGGACUUCAUUAUUGUUACCACCUUUCUGGAGUAGAUAAAUCUCAACUUGUAAUGUGGAAAAUGUUUAACUGUUAAUUGAAAUCUUAAAUUGCAGUAGUUUAAUAUUCAGUGGGUUUGUAAUUGAAUGACUUGCACAUCUGAUGCACUUUCUGCUCUGACACAUUGAUUCCUUAGAGUUUUCUUAUUGUGCUUUUCAAUGUUACAUUCAGGUAGACUAAAUUUUUCCAGUGUCGCUGUCUGAAAAGCAUUCUAUUUGACAUUAUUUUGAUAUAAAAUCAGAAUUUUGCAAUCAUGACACAUUUAAGAUCUCUGAAUUUAGAAAACUAUAUUUUGCAUCCAUUGUUCCAAAUAAAAUGUUUUUAAAAGACUGAUUCACAGCCUGAAUUGCUAUUAAAUUUUAAGGCGUGUAAUGUGUACGUUUAAUAUUGGCUUUUGCAUUUUAUUACACCUAAUUAUAUCAGUCUUUAGUAUAGAUUUAAUGUUUGUUUUUAACUAAACCUAAUGGGACUUUACUAUUCUUAGCAUUUCUAUACAGUCUUUGGGCUUUUAUCUGCUCUUCUAAUGUUAAUAUGUAGACAUAUACAAAUUUCAAUGUGUAUUAUCACAAUGAAAACAAUUUAAAGCAUUUGUUCCAAUGAAAACAGUUUUGAAGUAUUACAGUUGCAAGCUAUAUUGAGGCCUGUAUUUCAUUGUAAAGUUCCCCUACUUGCUUUCCAUCUCCCCUCUUCUUCCCAACCAGAGCACAAAAAUGAAUUUUACCACUCAUAACAGUAAUGUAUGUAUGUUCAGACAUGACACUUGUGUAUUAAUUAAAUUAUAAUUGUACACCUUUGUCUAAUACUCAAGCUUAUAAUAGUAAAGUGAAACAGUUUACAGACAUUAAAAUAGGUUUCUGGAUGCACACUGUUAAUUUGUUUAAGCUAUUUUAACAUUUGAGUUUCUGCUAAUAUUAAAAUUUUAAAGUAUUUAUCUUGAAAUUUUGUUCAGUUGCUAGUUAACAUACCGUCUGUUAUACAAUAUCAUAGUAAUGACUGUACAUUUUAAUUCU